GACCCUAGUUUCUACUACUGUGCUGCCGGGUCUUCCCCGUACUUCCCGCGUGCACGGCGGAAGCCGAGGAAGCGAACGGGAACCGCUCGCCGUGGUCCGUACGGAAACUCCCGGACGGCGCCCGCCAUGUCUGCACCGUAAUGCCCAAGCCUGUACGGCAGAAUUCCAAGCCUGGGGUCGGGAACUGCGCCUUCUGACCCGGAAGUGCUCUGGCGGAAGGGAAUUUCGGGAAAGGGGCGGCCGGGUCUUCACUCAACUUCCCGCCGGUAAGGCGGCUUCCAAGGAAGAGGCGGGAACCGCUCUGUCCGAUCCGUACGGAACUUCACUGAUGGGGGCCGCCAUGUUUUCGCCGCAAUCCCCGGCUGUACGGCACAAUUCCUGGGGACCGACGGGAACCGCGGCCUCCGCUCCGUACGGAAGCUUCCCCAGCAAGGAGGCCGCCAUGUUUUCACCGCGAUCCCCGGCUGUACGGCACAAUUCCAGGGCACGGACGGGAACCGCGGCCUCCGCUCCGUACGGAAGCUUCCCCCGAUGGGGGCCGCCAUGUUUCCCUCCGCAGCCGCCCUGUCGUCCGCGGGGAGGGACCGGAACUGCCGUCCAUCCGGGACCAUGGCGCUGACCCCGGUGCUGCGGCGGCUCCACGGGCGGCGGGUGGUGCUGGCGAGCGCGUCCCCGAGGAGGCGGGAUAUCCUGGGCUACACGGGCCUCCGCUUCGAGGUCGUGCCCUCCCUGUUCCCGGAGACUCUUGACCACGCGACCUUCGCGACCCCGCACGCGUAUGCCCGCGAGAACGCGCGGCGGAAGGCGCUGGAGGUGGCGCUGCGCCUGCGCGAGAAAGACCAGCGGACCCCGGAUGUCGUCAUCGGCGCUGACACCGUGGUGGCUGUGUCCGGGCUGAUCCUGGAGAAGCCGCGGGACAAGGAGGACGCCAUGAGGAUGCUGAGGCGGCUGAGCGGCCGCCAGCACAGCGUCAUCACGGCGGUGGCCAUCGUCCUCUUCCCCCCAGUGACGACGCCAGGGGACGGCGACCCCCGUGACCCCGGGGCCCCGCCCCCCGAUCCGGAAGUGACCUCGUUCCACGAGGAGACGCUGGUGACCUUCUCGCCGCUGACGGACGAGCUGCUGCAUGACUACGUGGACAGCGGGGAGCCCAUGGACAAGGCAGGCGGUUAUGCGCUGCAGGCGCUGGGCGCGAUGCUGGUGGAGCGCGCGGAGGGCGACUUCCUGGGCGCCGCGGGGUUCCCGCUGAACCGGUUCUGCCGCGAGCUGCAGGGGCUGCUGGGGGCCGCGACCUCCGACCUCUGACCCCACCCGGGGCGACCCCGCCGACGACCCCGCCGACCCCGGGCCGGAAAAUAAAUAAAUAAAUGAACCUGAGGGUUCUGCCAUCCUC